AGUGAUCAGCUAUCGAUUAACCAUUGCAGCUCUACAUGUAAUGACUAAUCCUCUCAUUUGAGAUGUUGGGACCAGCAGCUGUGACAUUUUUGCUUGAGAAAUGACUGACAAUGUUCAGAAUUAUCAUUCCAGCAUCACAAUUUAUGUCAAUAGACCCAUGAAUUUGAUUGUUGGUGAAUAUUUUCAGCACAUAAAAAACACUUAGUUUGGUAGCAUUUGAACAGAAGCCCUUGGUUUCAACACUCUGCUAACGGUGUCAGGAGGAGACUUUGAAGCACUCACGAGCUCUUCCCUCUGUGGUCUCAGGUUUGAAGAGGUAGAGAGCCUGCUGCUGUAGUUGGGAGUCGUCCAGUCACGAGGGGUUGGUACUCAGUCUUUGCUAUCUUCAGUGCUGUGGGUGAUGGUCAGCUGGUAACUGGGGUUGCCUCUGCCCCUGUGGUGAAUGGCUGUAAGCAGAGGGGGCGUCGCCUUCUGGGUGGGUUGUAUCCGCAGCCAUGGCAGAAGGCAAGCCAUCGGAAAACCGAGCUGGAGUCUCAGUCAGGCAGUCGACUGGCACUGGACCCGUCCGACCCGCCCCCUGAGCAGUGCAUCAUGGGCCCUGGUGCCCCCCAACGGCCUGAGAUAUCAGAGCAUGAAGCAGUCGGUCCUGUCCCAUCCGUUCCACCAUGCUAGCCAGCCUCAAACAGGAGGUUUCUAUGAGGAAGACUGGGAGUCUGUCAGCGUGUGUGUGCUUGUGCGACAGGGCGAGUCAGACGGCCUCCACACACUGCUGGAGAUCCCUCUGUCGGCUCACAAUAUACUAGGAGAGCUCCUCACGCCGGGGCCUCGCAAGUCCCCCGGGUUCUCCUUCCUGUUGACCACGGUGGAAGGCAGCAGAGAGGAUGACAUCAGCAUUGACAGCUUCAAGAGAGAACAUGGCUGUUUCAGAAGCCUGUUUGAAGCAGAGAGGUGUCCUGCACCCUUCAUGUACGGCUCCCAGUUUUAUUGUUUUCAUUGCCCAGCCACAGAGCCGGUACCUGGCAGCGGGCUGAAAUCCAGGCAGGAUAUUGAACUAGACAACGGUCCUGUGAAGCUGCCUCUGCUGCCAUCUACCUCUCUGUGUAGCCAUGCAGAGGGGGACCAUACUGAGGGAGGUAGUGAGGAAGAGGAGAGACUGGCCGUGAUGUAUGAAAGACUGAGGAUAGAGCUUCCAAGUUUCUUUAUGAAGAACCAUGAUUACACCAUGUACUCCAAUGAUAUGGAAUUCAUCAACGGGCUCAUCAAUACCAAGACCAGAGGCCGUACGGUGUACCAGCUCACCCUCUCCCUGUGGCGCCUCAUGUGUCUGUGUUACUACGCCAAGGCUCGGCUGGAGGUGCUGAAGCUCACUAAGCACGUGGAGGACGGGACCAUUAAGGCUCGCUGGAGGAUCCGGGGCCUUCCCUUCUACUCUCUGCUGCUGCGCUUCUAUCGCAAAGACAAGUCUCACCUGUACAGGUCAUAUGAUGCAUUCUCUACUUUCUACAUUGGACAGGAUGGACUCAUUCACUGUCAUAAAGUUGAAAAGGUGAUGCCGGAUCAGCCCCCUGUCCUGCCUACAGUGACCUCUCUGCUGGCGGGGUCUCUGGUGGCCCUGGGGGUUCAGGAGCCUCGCCCUGCUCUCAACCUGCUGCCCCUCCUCCUGUCCUCUCUGCGACAGAGCAGAAACUGACCCAGGAUCACCAUUAGAGGAACAAUGGCCAGUGUGUUUAAGGUCCAUGUGACUCCCAACAUUCUCAACAUAGGAACACAUUAAAGUGGAGGGUUAGGCUCUCCAUCCUGAAACCUCA